CCGCUGGAGGCGCUGGCGCUGGAGGUUCCCGUCCCUCUCCAACCGCCCGACGUGGACGUGGGUUGUGCUCGACCCCACCCAAGAGCCUGACAACGACGACCAUCCAGCCUCGACAUCGACGCCAGCAUUUUGCCUCCGUCAUCUUUGCGCCUUCGCUUCCUUCAACAACCUCCCCCCCCCAUCCACCUCUCGGAUCCGACACAUCCAGAGCGCCCACCGCCCACUCGUUGCUCGCAUCGCAGCCGUCCAGCUGCACGAAUCUCGAUCCGCCAUGAAGGUCACCUUCAGAGACUUGAAGCAGCAAAAGUUCACCCUCGAGGUCGAGCCCUCCGAUCUGGUCUCUGCCGUCAAGGAAAAGAUCUCGCAAGAGAAGGGCUGGGACCCAAAGCACCAGAAGCUCAUCUACUCCGGCAAAAUCUUGAAGGAUGAGGAGACCGUUCAGUCCUACAACAUCGAGGAGAAGGGCUUUGUGGUGUGCAUGGUGAACAAGCCCAAGGAGAAGCCUGCCCCUCCAGCCCCCGCCGCUGCUCCCGCUCCUGUCGCCGCCGAGUCCUCUGAAGCGGCCCCCGUAACUCCCGCCCAGUCCUCUUCCACGAGACCUGCUUAUAUGGCCACGCCUCCCCCAAUACGCGCUGUCGUUCACGAUAGCCCCCCUGCCAGCGGCGGCGAUUCCUCUGGCCUGGCUAUGGGUGCAGAGCGUGCGGAGGCCAUCGCGAGCAUGGAGGCGAUGGGAUUCGAGAGAAGCCAGAUCGAGGCGGCUAUGCGCGCUGCCUUCAACAACCCCGACCGUGCUGUGGAGUAUCUGCUGAACGGAAUUCCCGAUAAUAUCCAGCAAGAGCAGCAGCAGCGGCGCGCUGCCGCUCCCACUGCUGGCGAUGCACCUGCGCAGACCGCACCUGCCCACGGCGGUCACGAUGACGACGGAAGUGUCAACCUGUUCGAUCUGGCGGCCCAACAGGGCGGCGGUGGUGCAACCCGAGGUAGCGGAGGCAACUCUGCGGCGGCAGCUGCCGCCGCCGCCGCCGCCACAGCAAAUCAGGGUGGAGAUCUUGGUAACUUGGAUUUCCUCAGGCACAAUGCACAGUUUCAGCAGCUGCGCCAGGUUGUCCAACAGCAGCCGCAGAUGCUCGAGCCUAUUCUGCAACAGCUCGGCGCCGGAAACCCCCAGCUGGCCCAGCUGAUUGCGUCCAAUCCGGACCAAUUCCUGCAGCUGCUGGGUGAGGAUGCGGAGGACGACGUUCCCCUGCCUCCUGGCGCGCAGGCUGUCUCGGUCACAGAGGAAGAGCGUGAUGCGAUUGAGCGGUUAUGUCGGCUCGGCUUUGACCGCGACCAGGCAAUCCAGGCCUACUUUGCCUGCGACAAGAACGAGGAACUGGCCGCCAACUUUCUUUUUGACCAGCCGGAGGACGAUGAGCCGCCCACCAACUAAGGGAGCUGGUAUGGAAUGGUCUAGGAUAGGGGUGCUGUGGGUUUGGCGUUACCUGCCAGCGCAGACGAUGCCUAUACGAUAAGCAAAUAUGAAGGACGAGCCGGAAUACCAGUCGUUGGGAUCGGAGCGAGGAAAGUCGGAUAACGUGCGUCCGCCGCCCGCAGACUGGUCGUUGACCAGGAAGGGCUGCACUCCCCGAUGUGUAGGGGUGUCAUCACAUAGUCGACUGCGCGGAUUGGCAGUCAAGCGCUGGUCCGGGCCCCGAAGUUGUCUGCCGCAGGACAGUAGUAGUGCUGAUAUCAGUUUCACUCUGCGACCGUGCC